GCGUUAGGACAAGGAUCCAAGAAACUGGUUCAUGUGACGCACUAUAUAUGUACUAGUUGCAUAUAUAUCAUAUCUGUUGUUAUCAACGGCCAUUCCAUCCACAAGAAAGAGACACACUGUAUAGGUUUGCAAACUCCCACGGCGUCUGGACUAGAGCGCUAGGCAUUGAGCAACGCGGUGAUCUCCCGAGUGGUUCUUGAUCUUGCGCCGCCACGCCGUCGCAGUUCAGGGCCAGUCUAACCCAAUCCAAUCAACAGACUCUCGAUUGCCAGCAGUUGCCAGCUCACUUAUGAGUAGCAACGGGCAUUUCCUUAAUGUCGCCGAGGACAUGCUCAAAGUCAGUCACCUAGAAAAGGAUAUAAAAUACAGCCUGCAGCACAAUUACACCCCAUCGCGAUGGAGGGCGCUGCUAUACACGAUGACUCCACUUUGGGCAACUCAACAUCUCAGACCGCAUCGCUCCCAACAUCAGACGCCAACCUUUAUGAUCUGCCUUCCCAUGACAUUGCAUUCCUCAAAGCGCAACUCGGUAUCGAUGAUGACGAUGACUUGAAGAGGCAUAUCCUGGAGGUUCAGGCGAAAGCACGCGAGAUUGCGCCAUAUCCUUGGAUCCGUCAAUUUGUCUUUGUUCAGGCGAACAUAUCGAGGAACCCUGGGUACGAACACGUCCUCAAGCUUGGUCGUGAGCGCCCCGAUGCCGUGUUACUUGACGUUGCCUGUUGUUUUGGCGUUGACGCCAGAAGGGCUGCGGCAGAUGGUUUUCCUGCGAAAAAUAUCAUUGCGUCUGAUAAACAUAUCGAGUUUCUCCAACUAAGCCAUGAUCUCUUCAGAACGACACCGGCUUCUUUCCCCGCAUACUUCCUUCCCGGAGAUAUCUUCGAUGAAGCAUUUCUCUCCAUAGCGGAGCCGUCUGACGACGUCUCUCCCGUGUCAGCCAUUGAUUUUUCCUUGCUGAAAUCCCUCAAUUCCCUUCAUGGACGCAUGAGCGCAAUCAAUGCUUCUCGGCUCUUCCAUCUCUUUGAUGAGGAGAAACAAUUGUAUAUUGCCAGAGCUCUCGCGGGUCUUUUAUCUGCACAGCCAGGUUCUAUUAUUUGCGGACAUCAACUCGGAAUUCUCGAAAAAGGCAUCACACUUUCCACUGUACCAGGCUUCACGCAUGAGUCAUUCUGUCAUUCUCCCGAAACUUGGACAUCGUUGUGGGACGGAGAGGUGUUCGAAAAGGGCAGUGUAAAGGUACUAACGGAGUUGACGGAAAUCCCGAAUCGUGGAAGGAUACUGCUUGUGAUGAGGUGGUCAGUGAUAAGAUUGUAAAUACAAACAUCGCAGUCGAUUAUUUUAAGGGAAUGCAUGCUCAUCAAUGGUAGAGAAAGUCUCUCAAGACCUUGGAAGAUGCGCUUCAAAAUUGUAACCUGAUUAUUUAUAUUGUUGGUCAGUCU